AUGGGAAUGCGUAUUGGUACUGCCGGUCCUGGUCGUCAGGUGCAGGACGCAUCAUUUUUUAAAGGAAAAUUACACAGCAAAACAGCGGAAAUCUCAAGCGAGAUCGACAAGUUGAAGCGUGAGAUUGAGCAAGAUGCAAAAGACAAGGCGCAGUGUGCACAGCUCGAACGCAAGUAUGAGAAAUUAGCUCUGGAAGUGCGUGAUUUGGAAGGACAGCUGGCCGACUACAACUUGGCCAUGGACAAGAUGCGCAGUGCUACAGAUCCAGCAGAAAUAUGUCAAGUAAAAGAUCAAUUGCAUCAACGCAAUGCUCAAGAGGCAGAAGACGUUGAUCGAGUCUUUUUAAUGAACAAGGAGCAGGAGAAGAGCUUGCGUGCGAUGGAGGCGGAGACAAAGGAAAUUCAUGAAAAACAUCAGGACAAGAUUAAUCAGUUAGCGCCACAGAAAUUGCAGCGUUACAGAGAGUUACUUGAGGAGCAUCAACAAAGUGAAGCGGAGAUCCAAGCGCGUACACAAGAACUGGAGCUUGUGAUGCAUUCAAUCCACCAAAAAGAAGCUCAAUUGAACUCCGAUCGGUAUCGUGAAGAGUACGAAGCCCUAGAACGUCAAGUUCGAAGACUGCAGAAGGAGCGUGAUGCUGCUGCAGAAGAUGCCAGGACAGCACAGAUGGACCCAAAUGAAGCGCGUGCUGUAUUGCUAGCUAAAGUGAAAGACGACAAAGCAAAAAUAGAGGCACUGGAUGGCACGUUGCAAACUGUACUAGCAGAAAAGCAAGAAUUGAUAAAAGCAUUGGCUGAUGUCCAGAGCGAACUGGAUGAGCGUGCUGGUGGGAGUGACCCAACUCAAAAGUAUGAGGCAUUGUUUGCCAAAGACAAGGAAAUGACAACAUUUUUAGAGGCUUUUCCAGCAAAAAAAGAGGCGGAGUUACAGGCUCAACGCACAGCUCAGAACGUAAUUGUGCAACUGCUUGAACACAUAUCUUCGGGUAUGGCGAAAGAAGACAAGUUACCAGGCACAAAUGCUAUUAAUCUCGAAGAAAUGCGACACGACCUUACAUUUAAAGAGCGACAACUGGAAUCGUCAAUGACAACAAAGCAACGCUUGACUAUGGAGCUGCAGAAACGCCAAGAGGAGCUCGAUAAGGUGAAUACACUCGACGAUAAGAUCGCGCUUGAGCUAAGCAGUCUGUCGGAAAAGAUGGAGACGAUGACGACGGACAUGAAGGAAUUUGGAAAGCUUGACGCACUCCAAGAAGUCCAUGCACAGACAAAGCAGCACUUGUUGCGACUUAAAAAGCAAUAUAUUGGUCGUCGUGAUGCUAUGCGUCAACAAAUCACGGCAUUAAGUGCUCAAGUGGAAAAUGUCAAGCAUGAAAUUGCACAGCAAGAAACGGCCAAGAACUUGGACGCGCUUGAGCAAAAAUUACGACAUCACGAGCAAAACAUCUUUCAUUUGAAAGAGUAUAUUGACUCGAAGUCUCGAGAGGUUGACUAUGAACACACUAAACAGGAGUGCCUUCGUACCUUGCAAGAGCUGAAUACUCUUCACAUUGCCCAGCAGUAG